AUGGAGGUAAUCUCAAAACCGUUUCACAUCAACAGAAAGCACGUACCUGUUGAUGCGAAAUUGUCGGAUGCGAAACGCGUCCUGCCGAAUAUAAACCAUCAUGGUGGACCGAAGCCAUCCCCUCUGAGGAUGGAGAACCAUCAACUUGUGAAAGAUACAAGCGCGUCAACAUGCGAAAUUGUCGGAUGCGAAACGCGUCCUGCCGAAUAUAAACCAUCAUGGUGGACCGAAGCCAUCCCCUCUGAGGAUGGAGAACCAUCAACUUGUGAAAGAUACAAGCGCGUCAACUUUAAUCUUCACUGCGCAGAAAGUCUUUGGAAGUUGACAUUGAUUGGAACGAUGACAAAUGUGGGUCAAUUCUUAGGGUUGCCAAUUACUGGAGUGCUAUCAGACAGGUUUGGAAGAAAAGCUAUUCUAUUAAUAUGUUUAAUGUCGACUGGAUUUGCUGGUUUAAUUCGUUCUUUCAGUAAUUCCUAUGUAUUUUUUAUGACAAUGACAUUUCUGGAUUCUGUUUCAAGAGCGGGAUCAUUCACUAACGCUUAUAUAAUAGUAUUUGAAUUCGUUGCUCCAGAAAAAAGAACAGUGGUAGGCGUCAUCCUCAACAUAGCCUGCGCAAUUUCUGGAAUAAUUGUAGGGGCACUAGCUUGGACCCUACAGACGUGGAGAAUACUUGAUCAAAUAUUGUAUGGGUCUUCUUUGAUGAUGGUGACUUAUUAUUGGUUGCUUCCAGAAUCCGUGCGGUGGCUACUAACAAGAAAAAUGUAUACUAAGGUGGAAAAGAUACUACGAAGUAUUUCAAAGACAAAUGGAACAAACUUAUCCGAAAACAACUUAAAAGAGCUAUGGAGGCCUGCGGAGCCUAUCCCUGAAAUAACGCCUCAUUACAUGAAAGAAUUGUUAAACUCGCCAAUUUUAACAAGGCGAUUUAUAAAUUGUGCACUUUGUUGGAGUAUUGGCUUAUUUUCUUAUUAUGGACUGACGAUAAACUCUGUAGCUUUAUCAAGCAAUGCUUACUUUGAUUUUAUCCUGACAAUGUUUGUUGAAAUUCCUGGAUGUGUCUUAGUGUACUUUCUGCUGGAUACAAUUGGUAGACCUUACUCCCUCGCUAUGGGUUUUUUUACUUGUGCAGUCGCCUGUUCGAUCUUCAUAUUCGUACCAAAACAUUUGUACUGGUUGCAGUUACUUACAUACCUUUUGGGAAAAUUUGGUACAUCUGUAGUUAUCUCAGUUGUGUACAUUAUAACAUCCGAAUGUUUUCCGACCCAUCUAAGAAGCUCAUUAUAUUCAUCUUGCUCUAUGGUUGGCCGUGUAGGUCCCAUGAUCGCUCCACAGAUCCCUUUGCUGAAACUAUAUUGGCAACAACUUCCUUUAGUGCUUUUUGGGUCCACGGCACUAGUGGGCAGUAUACUGUCACUUCAACUUCCUGAAACAAAACUUAUUAUGCUUCCUGACACCGUUGAAGAAGCAGAAAGCAUUGGACAAGGAAGCAUUGGACAGGGAAGCAUUGGACAAAGAAGUGACCUUAGUACACUAUGAGCAAUGGAAAAAAAUUACUUAAUGGUGUGAUUUUUUGGAAGCAUAUUUAGAGGAAUUUAUUGAAUCGCAGAAUAAAUUUCCUGAUCGAGUUCCGUAAAUGAUCCCCCCUCCCCCUUCAAGCAACUACAAAUUACCAUGGCAUGAACUUCAUCAUUCCGAUAAUCAAUUACCACUAAGAUUGUUCCUCAUUUAUACUUCAAGUUGUUAAAUAUUGCUAUCGUAUAAUUUCAGUGUGCGUAAUUAUUUUAUGUUUAUCAGAAAUCACCAACGGAUGGUUUAGUUUUUAUUUAAUUUGAAUUAUUAGAUAAAAGUACGAAAUUAUCGCUAUUAUUUGAAUUGAUAAGACAUUGCGAGAUGAUAAAGUAUUUGUGUAGAUUUUCCUUAUUCACAUAUGCAUACAUGUACGGGAAAAGUGAAUGAGAAUUUGUUAAAUUAAUUGUGAAUUACCUAGUGGGUCUGAUAAAG